UGGGAGGCAGGGAGGGAGGGGCGUUGGCACGGUACCAGCUACCUGCACCCCCCGUACUGCCCAGAGGAGCGGCGGUAGAGUGGGAGGAUGCUUCUAGCAGAGACGGUGGCCAAUGUGGCCCUGAGGGUCCCCAGCCUCAUGCUGCUCGACCUGCUCUACAAGUGGGACGUGAGCCACUUUGCCGAACAGAUCCGGGCUCGCAAUGAGGAGAUGCUGCUCAAGUACAAGUACGUCCUGUGGAACGUCUACUACCUGGGUCAUCUCCUUGCCAUGGUGGUGCUUGUGCUACCUCUCCAGCACCUGGUGAAGAUUUACGUGUAUCUGCUGACUGGCUUACUACUCUAUGUCGGGCACCAGACGUGCAGGGACUACGUUCUGCGGGAGAUGGAGUCGGGCUACGUCGGAGCGGUGUACCUGAACCUGGCGGCUCUCCAGCGCUUUGCCAGCACGCUGACGGGUCAGCUCCUGGUCUCCAUUCUCUGCACCUACUUCAUGAGGUCCAAGGCACUGUGGGUGUUCAGUGCUCACCUGCUCCCCCUGCUGGCCCGGCUCUGCAUGGUGCCUCUGGGCAUCCUCCUCUUCCUCAACAAGAUGUCCUCCAUCUUCACCAUCUUCGAGGUGAUCUACUUCCUCCUCUGCAACUUGUUCGUGCCGUUCUACCUGGCCAAGUCGGCCUACCGAGAGAUCGUGCAGGACAGCGAGCUGUACGGGAUCCUGGGACUGGGUGUAGCGCUGUGGAACCAGUUUGCCGUGCCUGCGCUCUUCACCACAUUCUGGCUGGUGCUGUUUGCCGCCGAGCUUUACUUCCACCUCAGAUCCAGGAGCCAGUCUUCAGCUUCCAACGAGGGGCUGGUCUUCGCCUUCCUCACCAG